GAUGUGACAGCUGCAAGGACCUAAGAUUGUUGCUGUAAGCCCACUCAGCUGGACCCUUCUGUCGCUGUCAUUCAGCCUCCAGAGAAGCUGCAAAAACUCCUGGAGCUGUCCAAGUUCAUGCUGAUAAGAAGAGCAAGUCAACAUGCCUCCAAAACGACUCAGUAGAAAAGAGGAAAGGAAAUUGUACACCUCACUGGCAGGGGAGCUGGUGAUCAUGGCCGGGACCAUCAUGCUGGCCUACUACUUCGAGUACACCGACACCUUCACUGUGCACGUGCAGGGGUUUUUCUGCUACGACACCACCUACACCAAACCCUACCUGGGACCCGAGGACAGCAGCGCCGUCCCGCCCGUCCUGCUGUACGCCGUGGUGGCCGGGCUGCCCACACUGAUGAUCACAGUAACAGAGACUGUGCUGUUCCUGGUCCAGUACACAUCCAAAGAGUUUGACCGGUCAGAGAAGACAGUAGCCACCGGGGACUGCUGUUACCUGAAUCCACUGGUGCGCAGGACAUUCCGCUUCCUCGGAGUCUACACCUUUGGCCUCUUCACUGUUGACAUCUUUGUCAACGCAGGCCAGGUAGUGACAGGGAACCUGGCACCCUACUUCCUGACUGUCUGUAAGCCAAACUACACUGCACUGGGCUGCCAGCAGACCCUGCGUUACAUCAGCCACCAGGAGGCCUGCACAGGAAACCAGGACGACAUCCUGCAUGCCCGCAAGACCUUCCCAUCCAAGGAGGCUGCACUCAGUGUCUAUGCUGCACUUUACCUGGCUAUGUAUGUGACGUGCACAGUGCAGGCGAAGGGCACUCGUCUGGCCAAGCCAGUGCUGUCUCUCGGACUCAUGUGUCUGGCAUUUCUCACUGGUCUGAACCGUGUGGCUGAAUACCGCAACCACUGGUCAGACGUCAUCGCUGGCUUUAUCAUUGGCACUGCCAUUGCCACUUUCCUGGUGGUGUGUGUGGUCCAUAACUUCAAAGGCAAGUUACUGCUGAGCGAGGAGUCACCAGCGGAGCAGCGACCCAACACAGGCAUACUGAACAUGGGCCGAAUGGAGAGUCCCCUGGAGAAGUAUAUCGCUUCACAGAAUCACAUCGCCUUCGCUGAGGUCACAUGACGUGGAGUCGGCCGUGUGGCAGACCCAUUGGACAUCCACACUGUUCACCAUCCAAUCCAAUUAACCAGAGCGCAGCGCUAAACUCAUUCUCUGUGUAUGUCUGAUCUGCAGUAUGUUGUUCUAUGUUGUCUUUAUCAGGCCCCUGUUGUCAUUUGCAGCUUCCUGUAUUCGGGAACAAAAAAAUAA